AUGCUUGCGUCCACGCUACGCAAGGCGCCGUCGUCAUCUGCAAUAUGCUGGGCUCGCUCUGUCAACCUGUAUCGGGCGAGGGCUUUCUCGAGCACUCCCAGACCGCAUCUCAAAGCCUCACUCCCUGUACGGGCAAGAUACGUUAGGUUCGGAGAGGAACCUGGCUCGGAUCAAGGACUGUAUAACACUGCAAAGCGAUGGGACCCUCGAGUACGGUGGGCCGUGGGUCUCGGGAGUGUCGCUGUGGUCUACUAUGUUUCGCAUCUGGAGCAAGUGCCAGAGACGGGUCGUUGGAGGUUUAUGGACGUUAAUCCUAAUAUGGAGACCAAACUGGCCGGGAUGAUCCACGAGCAAAUUCUCCGGGAAAAUAAGGGCAAGAUCCUUCCCGCAAACCAUCCGGUUACGAGAAAAGUGCGCGAAGUCGCAGAACAACUAUUACACGCGAACAAUCUUGGCCAUUUAUCAGACGACAAGGAGAGACGUCCAUAUUCCGCGGUGCCUCCAUGGCUCGCUGAUGAUACGAGUGCGGACUGGACGUAUGAUGCAAGUGUGAGCAGUGAACGGCAAGGGCUGGCACCCGGUGCCGGAGGGAGGGAAUGGAAAUUAGUCGUUGUCCAUGAUCCUCGAGUUGUCAACGCUGCCGCUACAUAUGGAAAUAUCAUCGUGUACACGGGUAUUUUCCAGGUAUGCAGUACAACGGACGAGUUAGCUGCAGUGCUUGCUCACGAAAUGGGACACGUAGUUGCAAGACACAUGUCAGAACGCUACUCGUUUUCGAAGUACCUCUGGGGUUUUGCAUUCCUCAUCAACGCCGUAACUGGAGUCGGUUUCGGAUUCUCUGAGAUGGCAGUGAACGUUGUUCUAGGCCUGCCUAUGGGACGCAAACACGAAUUAGAGGCGGAUAAGAUCGGUGUGAAACUUGCUGCAAAGGCUUGUUUCGACCCGGAAGGCGCUGUAUCGAUGUUCCAGAAACUCUCCAAGCAUUCACCCGAUUCAGUAGAAUUCCUGCAGACGCACCCUGCUGGAGCGAGACGUAUCAAGCAAGUGCAAGAUCAAUUGCCGGAGGCGUACAGGAUACAGGCUGCUACCCCAGAGUGCGCGCAGGUACGGGACAUGGUGUACUCGAUGGCGAAAUUUGGUGGGCGUGCUAUGUGGUGAGACGGGCGGCGAAGGACAGAGUAUCUGCGUUGACGAGGUAUUGAGGGAUUCCUGGGCAACUCUCUAGCAAGUAGCGAACUGCAACCGGCACUGUAUUAUACCAACGCUCCUUGUAUAAGCCACGCAUCCUUACUCUCU